UCAAAACAUUAAUUCCCAUACCCACUCUGGUGAGGGUUUUAUUUAGACUCGAUCCAGGCUUUCAGGUUCGCACGUGCCCGAUGUUUUCAAUAUGGCGGACGUGCAGAUAGAGCAGUCAGAUAAAAUCCUGACGGAAUUUCUGUCGUGGUGCGAACAAAAUGGCUUAAUACUGAGCCAAAAGGUAAAAGUUGGGCUGCAAGGAUCAUGUCAUCGUUAUGGCAUGAUAGCUGUGGAAGACAUAGAGGAAGGGGAGUGCUUGUUUGAAAUUCCACGAUCGCUUGUGUUGCAACCCAAGACUUCAUCCAUUUCAGGGAUCCUUGAAAAUUUAGCAAAUGAUAAUCAGUUUGAUUCAGAAAGAGGAUCUGGCUGGGCUCCUCUUCUUCUGACAUUGAUGUAUGAGUACACUAAUCCAUCAUCUCACUGGAAGCCAUAUCUGAACCUUGUACCUGAUGUCACUGUGCUGGAUCAGCCCAUGUUCUGGGCAUUGGAGGAGAGACACAAAGAAUUGCAAGGAACUGGAAUAGAGGAGGAUGUUGAAAGUGAUGUACAACACAUUGAAGAAGAGUACAAUGUUAUUGUCUUGCCAUUUAUUAAGAAACACCCAGAGCUUUUCAGUGAAUCCCUCCACACAGUUACUCUUUAUAAACAUAUGGCAGCAUUUGUUAUGGCUUACAGCUUCACAGAGCAAGACUCAAGCAAAUAUGAUGAUGAUGAUGAUGAUGAUGAGGAGGAGGAGGAGGAGGAGGAGGAUGACGACGACAUUGCUGAAGUCAAGAGUAAUGAUUCAGUUCCUGCAAUGGUUCCAAUGGCUGACAUUCUAAAUCAUAUCAGUAACCAUAAUGCUCACUUAGAGUUUGGUGCAGAAUCUUUGACAAUGGUGGCAACACAAGAUAUUCAUAAGGGACAGGAAAUUUUCAAUACCUAUGGCAAGCUUGCAAACUGCCACUUACUUCAAACUUAUGGAUUUGUUGAAGAUGAAUUACCAAAUUCAUAUGACAUGGUAGACAUACCCAUCAGUGCAUUUAAUGAGGUGAUGAAAGUAAGCCAAGCUCAUCAAGCAAGGGGAAUGUUAAAUGCUAAGUUUGAGUUUAUGGAGGAAAUGGGUGUCGCUUCUGAAGAUGAUGUGUUUCCCUUUGGUCAAGAUGGAUGUUCUCACUUUGGUCCAGAUUUGUAUGCAACCUUAAGGAUCCUUCAUUUGUCAGAAGGACAGUUCAAACAACUAUUGGAAGAGCAAAUUCAGCAAAAGAGAAGUGAAGAAUUUGAUGAUAUUGGGCAUGUGUUAGAUCAACCAGAUGAAGAAAUUAAAAAGGACACAAGCUGGAGAAUUUUGGAACUUAUUUAUAAGGCAGAAAACAAGAACACUAAGAGGAAAAGGCAAACUGCUGACAAGGACUCAGACAGGAAACAAAAGAAGAGGAAAAACAUUCAGUGCGAUUUUACAUUAGACUCAGGUCCUCGUAUUAAAUCUGAAGACUGCAACCUUACCGUCUCUUUAGAAAUGAAUUCACCAAGUACAACUCACGGUGAUGGAGUCCUACCUUAUUUAAAUGACACCUUAAAAACCAACAGUAUUGUUUCUAAACAGAAUGAAAGCAAAACUAAAUCUCAAAAACUGUCAAGGACCGACUUAGAUACUAAUGCAGAUACAAGUAAGGAUAUGUCCAAAACUUCAAAACAAGAUUUGACCAAGACAGGUGGUGGUACCUGUGAUGUAGAAAAUGCCGGGAAUGACAAAGUGUCUGAUGAUGAGUGUGAAAAUAGCGACAUUGAUGAUGGAGAUGAUCAAAAUUGUAACAUAAAUGAUGGUGAUGAUGAUGAUGAUGAUGAUGAUGAUGAAGACAAUGAUGUUGACUACGAUGACGACCGUGACGACAAUGAUGAAGAUGAAGAUGAUGAUGAUGAAGACGGCUAUGAACCUCCAGAUGAUGACGAUGAUAAUGUUGAUGACCAAGAGGAAUCUGAACAACCCAUAACGUAUGACACAAUGUCCCAGUGGCCAAUAGAAUGGAGACGAACACUGAAAAGUGUUGCAGAGUUGUGUGUAAAGCAACGUUAUGGAGACGAUAACAUGUUCCGCUAUGACAGCACAGAAAAACAGAAGCUUAGCAAAAGGCAGUUGUCGGUUGUAAGACUCAAACAAGGUCAGAGAUCUAUUUUUCGACGAAUUUGUGAACUUGUGGUCGAAGACAGCUCUGAAGGAUAAACGUGGAAAGUUAAAAUACACCUCAGUGGCUGUUUAUAGAGCCAUUUGACAAUACGGAAGCAGGUCAAUCGUGGUGACUGUAUUGUGGAGGACUAAUUUAGUGACUUUUGUGGAAUGAGAACUUAACUAAUUUGAUUCCUGUGCAAACCACGGUCAACCGCAACAGCGGAAAAAAAGAGCUCGAAACAACAUGUGAAAACGGAACCGGCAACAGGCGUGGGAAAACAACUGCUGGGAAGCGGCACCGGUACCCAGCGGCCACCCAGCGGUACUACUGAGCAAGCGCGGGAUAUCAUGCGGCUGCGCUGCUCGCGGCAGCCGGUGGCAAAUGCGCGGGAAAAGUCGCAGGUCAAAGCACAGCUUUUAGGUUAUGGCAUGACAAGUUAGAGCGUUUUGCUUGACUCGUUGGUUAGGGUUCAAAGCGAAGAGGAUAAUUUCAAACAAAGGAAACUAUAUAAUCUUUAUAGUUCUUUUUUUACACGCUGGAUAGCAUUAUAAGCUCUCUGAACAACUGGACGCAUGAUUACCUUGGGGAGAAAGUUAUUUGGAAAAGUCGAUAUGGUGAGGAAUUGCGAGGGCUUGGCCGCUUAUGUUUCGUAUUAAGUAAGCUUAAUGGUGGCUGAAGACGCGCAGGAAAUGAAUCAGUUUGAUCUGUUUUCCUGUAGGCCCAGUAAUUUGCCCCUUUUAUAAGUUGAACCUUUGUUUAACUCACAUUACUUAUGAGCGAACACUUAGCAAUGGUUCCAGUCACAUACAAGCAAACACUACAUUUAUUGACGCUUUUUACGAGGACACCUCCUAAACCGACAAGUUUUCCGCAUACUAGAAGUUCUUCUUAACACAGUUUUUCUGAAUUAAAUUGUCGAUAAAACUGAAAUUUCCGUUUUAAGCGUGUCAGUAAUAUCUAGAAAUUGAGUCGUCAAUCAAGCUAUGUUCUCUAAUUUUUGUGGCGUUCCUGAAAAACACAAACAAGACAAUUAAUAGGGGAUUUUGAAAACAAUGUUAUUUCAAGUGUUGAAGUUAUAAGGUAAGGUGAACUACUAUACACAAAAUUUAAAAUUUUACAAACACGAAAGAUAUCAACAAAAGAAUAAGAACUAUAUACAAGUAAAAUUAAUAACAGCGGUCUCUGAUUGGCAAGGGCGAAAUUGAAUUCGAGAAACUGAACCAUUUGCACGCAUUUACAGUGUCUUUUUAACAAUUAGACCCGUAGCCCGCAAGGGCUACGGGUCAAUAGCCCAUGAGGCGUAGCCGAAUGGG